GAGCAGGUGGUGUUGGAUAAUCGAAGAACGGGUGCCAUGUGUAGGAAAUAUGUUAGUUUCGUUUAGAAAAUGCGGUGGUUUUAUAUUGCCCUUUUAUUGUCCUCUUGCAAUGCUUCCUUUUAUGAUGUGACUCGUACUAGACCUAGAAGAAGACGAGACUUAGAAGCUUCAUUGGGUGAUUCACCAGGUUUCCCUUCACGGGUGGACAUAGAGAGUCUGAAGAGGUUAUAUCCAGAGAAUGAGAAGCUGAUAGCUAGCCUCCCAACACCCUACUACACAGUAAUUUUUCCUGUUCAAGAACGUCAUGAAAAAAGUGUUGGAAUCUCAACUAGAGAUACCACUGCAAACAGGGUAGGGGAAAUGCAUUGCACAGGUAAACACUUCAAACAAACUACACUGGUAAUAAAAGCAUUUCGCUAUGAAUUCCGUCUUCAUUUGGAGCUCAAUACAAAUCUUCUGGCUCCUACAUUACUUCAAAAACAUUUUUUACCAGAAGGUGCCCAACAAAUAUCAACUCAGGAAGUUGAAAACUGUUACUACCAUGGAACCAUAAGUAACUACCCAGGAGCCAAAGCUGCCUUCCGUACUUGUAAUGGGAUCAGUGGGGUUAUUCAUGUCCAAAAUGAAACAUUUGUUAUCCAUCCAUUUUUUGGAGUGGACUUACCAAUGGAGCAUCCUCAUAUCAUUUACCAAUACUUUGGAAGAGAUAAAAGAAAGUAUUCUUGUGGAAACAGUUACUUGCAGGAGUGGGGAUCCAGACACAGUAACAUAUACUCAAAAAAAUUCAAGAGGGAUAUACGACAAGUCACAAAAUACAUUGAGCUAGCCUUAGUUUUGGAUCAAGCCAUGUUUGAAAACAGUACAAGAAACUUAGUUAUAUCUGAUGCCCUUCAGAUAAUCAAUUGUGUGGACAUGUACAUGAAGUCCAUAAAUACUAGAAUUUCUGUAGCAUACAUAGAAACCUGGGAGUAUGAAGAUCAGAUGAGAUUAAGUAGGGAUUUGAAAAAAACAGUCCUUGAUCUUUUGGUGUAUGCAUCACGACAUUUACUGAAAGUUACUAAAGAUGCCACUCAUAUGUUGACUGGACGUACAUUUGUGGGUAAUGUGGCAGGAAUGGCAGUUCCUGACUCUAUAUGUAAAAGUAAUGCAGUUGGUGUAAGUCAGGUAACCAACAUCUUUGAACCUAAUGUAGUAGCAGUAACAGUAACUCACAUGCUGGGCCACAACCUAGGCAUCAGUCACGACCAUUCAAAUGAAUGUUACUGUCCAGACUGGUGGGGCUGUAUCAUGGAACAAAGUAUCAUGGGUCACAAUUCUAUCCAGCCAUAUCAAUUUUCCAACUGCACAAAAGAAGAUUACCUCAAAACUUUUAAGUUAGGAAAUGGAAUAUGCCUUCUAAACAAACCUGGUGAGUUAGAAACUUUUAAAUCGUGUGGCAAUGGGGUUGUAGAAGGAGAAGAAGAAUGUGACUGUGGAAAUAUAGAGGACUGUAUGCGAGAAGAUCCUUGCUGUGAUCCAAUAACAUGCAAACUGAAGUUAGAAGCACAGUGUUCAGCAGGUCCUUGCUGCAUUAACUGUAGGUUGCGGACUGCUGGUGAGCUGUGUCGGAAUGAAGCUGAUGAAUGCGAUAUCCCAGAAUAUUGUAAUGGAAGUAGUGGAGAGUGUCCACCUGACUUGUUCAAAAAGAAUGGUAUUGAAUGUCUCCAAAACCAAGGAUAUUGUUUCCAGGGGAAAUGUAGAACUGGCAGAGAACAGUGUGUGUUUAUUUGGGGAUAUGGUGCAGAGACAUCAGAGCUGGAAUGUUUUCAGCAGUUCAAUACCCAAGGAAUCAUGAAUGGUAACUGUGGGUCUGAUGGAAAUGGAGAAUACCUGAAAUGUGCAUCAGAAAACAUCUUAUGUGGUAGUUUGCAGUGUCAGAGAGGGGCAAAAACCCCUCUGGUGUCAGGCAUGGACAACCAUUACACAACUACCAUAAUUUACAUAGAAGGAAAGGAGUAUGAGUGCAAAGUGACAAUAGGACAUAGUGAAGAUAUACCUGACUUGGGCCUGACUCAGGAUGGAACCAGAUGUGGGAACAGGAAGAUCUGUGUAAAUCAGUCAUGUGUUGACUUGGACAAGUAUAUUGAACCAGGAAGUUGCCCUACAAAUGAAUUGGGUAAAAUCUGUUCUGGUCAUGGAAUUUGCACCAAUAUGAAUACCUGUCAGUGUGAUAAAGGGUGGUUUUUAUCAAACUGCAGUCAACAAGAACUGGAUAAAGGAUUCACGAAAGGAGUUUUUGGUCGAUAUAAGCCUACUGCCAAUAGAACAAAAACAGUUUCUCCAAGCGCUAAUGCUACUGUACGGACAACAUCAUAUGUGAAGAAGAAUGAUUCUCUCAGUGCUUCUUCAUUGGUGAUAGUUAUGGUUUCUGUUGUUGGAGGAGUUUUUAUCUUUUUCGCUCUUCUUGCAAAUUGUUACAGGAAGAAAAAUGGAGGUUGCAAACCAGACAUUAGACGCCAUGACAAAGCUCGGAGCCACAAAAUGCCUUCCCACCUUACACCAACAGAAAGAGACCAAUCAGCAAACAGGAUGAUAACAUUUGGAAGCUUGCCAACUUAUAAAGGAGACAAGCUUCAGUCUCUAGAUUCACAACAACAGUCUGGUGAAUCUAUUCCAGUUAGCAGGGAGUCUUCCACGUUUAUUAAGAUACCUCACAAUGAUCUUUCAAAAUCUCCAGAGAAGAAUGACACUAGGCUUUCCGAUUCAACUAGAGAAACCGAUAAUCAUAUUUCUGAAACAUUGAAGAACAUGAAUGGGUACCAUGAGGACAUUUUGGAGGCUCUGCAUUCUGCAGCAUCCUAUCAUCCAGCAGUAUUUUUAUCAAGCCCUAAUCAGGAGUCUGCACAACCUUUAUCCAGUACCCCUGAUACUGACCCAUUCCAGUCAGUUUUAGAUAAUAUCAAAGCCUGUGAUAGUGAGAGAGAGGAUACAGUUCCACCAUGUGGAUCGAUUAGGAUUCGAAAUCUGGAAGACUUGCUUCGUCAGUAUGAUCAAGUUGCUGAGAAUGUUUCUCCAGCAGGUUCCGAAGAUAUUCGUUUCAGUGAACCAGAAGCUGAUCGACACUACCAACCAGAUAAGUCGGAUGAACAAAAGAGUCAAAGAGAUCCCAGUGUGCGUUUCUUGAUAGGAAAGAAGGGGAGACUGUCCCCCAAAGACAAGAAGAGAAUGCCAGUUGCUCAAGUGAACAAUGGAUUUACCACAUAUCCAGAUAAGCCUGAAGAAGAAGUCGAGGAAGAUGAUGAAGAUGAUAGAGGAAGUGAUGAAAAUGAUGCAGAUGACGAUCGUAGCGAAUCUGCAUCACCUCAAGUAGCACGUAGUGCAAGUGAAGAAAUUCUCACCCUCCCUAAUUUGAACUCUCACCAUCAGCCUGAUAAGCUGUUUAAACUAGAUGUCAGUGAUUACUUCCCAAGCCCACCUUCAGAAGAAUCUAAUUCCACUUCUUAUGAUGAAAAUACAACUUACAAUCCCAUGGUGUCUCGAGUAGGUAGGGUUAAUGUACCACAAACGCCAAGUUUUCCACCUCGACUUACACCACAUUUGUCUGCUAAAAAAAAGGUUAAAAAAAAGUUCCCUGAAUAUAAAGUGUGACUAAGGCUGCCCCUUCUCUUUAGAUUGAAUUGAGUGAUGUCUCUAAAGUUUUGAGGAGUUUUUUUAUGAAGAAAUAUUUAAUACUUUUUAUUAUUUGUAUUGAAUAUAUUCUUUUAUUUGUUUUUUUACUGAUAUUUAUUAUUUCUUGAACAUGUUUAGCUCGACUAACGUGCAUGUUAGAUGAGGAAUAGUGAAGUAUGUAAUGUAAUUCUGGUGUUAAAAUAAUUG